AUGGAAAUCUUUAACGCUACGGAUUUGAGCUACGUGAAAAGUAUCACAGAUGACAUUAUUUUAAUUAGUGCCAAGACACUUUCGUAUUUUACCGUGAUCAAUGGAUGUGUGUUAGGACAGUGCUUGGCAAUUUUUGGGCUGAUAGUCAACUUACUAAAUAUUGUCGUCUUUGUCCGACAAGGUCUGCAGGACCCAGUUAACAUCAGCCUUCUGGGACUUAGCGUUUCUGACCUCGCAUCCUUGUUUGUUCAUUUUUUUUCCAAUCUCUGUUGGACACCAGCUAUAAUGCGGAUGGAUCUGCCAUUUUACCCAACGCAACUAAUGUACUUUUUGGUUUGGAUACACGUCAUAUUUUCUAGAGUAACCGCCGGAAUAACAGCCUGGAUCACAUUUGAGAGAUGCGUGUGCAUUGUGUGCCCUCUUAAAAUCAAAUCAAUCGUCACACCCCAGCGAACUGUAAACGUGAUUUGUGUGCUCUACGUCACUAUGUGUACAUCUACUAUCCCAGUUUUCUAUUCCACAAGAGCCGUCUGGAUAUUUGAUCCUCGCCGGAAUAGAUCUAUUCUAGGAAUUGCAAGAAUCACACACAGUGAAUACAUACAACAAAUUGCGUUCUGGAUAAAUAACAUUCUGCCUAUAACGUUCUUCGUAUUCAUCACUACGUGUACAAUUAUUCUGGUCAAGUCACUGAAGAAGAUUUCUAAAUGGAAGCAACAGUCAGCAUACUCACAGAACCCUGGACUUAUUUCCCAAAGGGAUACCAAAGUUGUCCGAAUGAUCACCAUCAUCUCUAUUGUCUUUAUCGCUUGCUACACCCCAGGAGCUGUUCUGUUAAUAUUUAUUCUCAUUUUCCCUGAACUGACGUAUUCAGGCAAACAGAAGAACUUACUUGUUGUUAUUUUAUCUAUUUUAGUUCAACUUGAAGGGAUUAAUGCAACUGCUAAUUUUUUCAUUUACUUCACAAUGAGUUCAAAGUUUAAACGUACAUUAAUAAGCCUGUUCUGUGCUUAUGGCUGUAAGAUGAAACAACGCUUAGAAAGUAGUGCUAAUAAAAAUUUAAAAAAUUAA